GCGCUCUUGCCCUUUCCGCUGAGAGCGAGCAAGGUCACUCCCGGCACUAAGAUGGCGGCGGGCGCCGUUUCUGCGCGGGAGGGUGGCGAGGACGCCUUCCGCCGGCUCUUUCGCUUCUACCGGCGGUGGGAGGGCUCGGACCCUUCAGGGGCCAUUGAUUUCUCGAAGCCAGCGGCGCGGCAGAUUGUCAGCUCUCCCCUGAGUUUUUCAUCAGUAAGUGAUCGUGAUGCUUACAGAGCAGGGCUGCGUCCAGUUAAUCAAUGGAAAGCCUAUGGCCUCAAAAACUAUCCAGGGUUUAUAUUUAUCCCAGAUCCCUUCCUUCCGGGCUGCCAGCGUCACUGGGUGAAGCAGUGCCUGAAGACGUACACCCAGAAGCCUAAUGUGUGCAAUUUGGAUAUGCACAUGUCUUCUACGGAGACCACUGAUCUGUGGGGGAAGAGUCAGCAUCAGUUGCGAAACAAAAGUUCCAGCAAACGGGCCUCAAAAACUUUACUGGAAAAGCUUCGCUGGGUGACUUUGGGUUACCAUUAUAACUGGAAUACAAAGAAAUAUUCUGCCAACCACUACACGCCCUUUCCAUCUGACUUGGCUUUCCUCUCGGAGCAAGUGGCUAAAGCUUGUGGUUUUCUACGUUUCCAAGCAGAAGCAGGAAUCCUCAACUACUAUCACUUUGAUUCAUCUCUGGGAAUUCACGUGGAUGAGUCCGAAUUGGACUAUUCUCAGCCGCUUCUAUCAUUCUGUUUUGGACAGUCAUCCAUAUUUUUGUUAGGGGGGCUGAAACGAGAUGAAGCCCCUGUGGCCAUGUUCAUGCACAGCGGGGACAUGAUGAUCAUGUCCGGCUUCAGCCGCCUGCUGUACCACGCAGUCCCCAGGAUUCUGCCCAACCUGGAGGGGAAGCCUUUGCCUUCUUGCCUGGAGCUGCCUCUCCCUGCUGACCUUCCUGAAGACUCUGUUAUGGAGCCCUGCUCUCAGGAGGACUGGCAAGUCUGUGCCAAGUAUCUGCAAGCAUCCCGUGUCAACAUGACUGUCAGGCAAGUGCUUGCUGAAGGUCAGAGCUUCCCAACUGAAGCCAAGACAGGGAGAGACCCGGAUGCUUCCUCCAUAGGCUCUUAUCAUGAGGAGCACAGUGAAAUAAAAAAGCACAAGUCUGAUAUGGGCAGCUGAAACCUGGCCAUAUGGAGCAGCAACAUACUAAGUGGAUGUGUAACAAAAUGUUUUGAACUUUGUGGGCAAAGUACAUGGCUCGGACCAAAAAGCUACUUGUGUUGUGUUUUCUCCCAAGGUCAC